GAGAGCCAGGUGGGAGGGUGGCGACUCACUCAGGACCCAGUGGGGGCAGCGCGAUGAGGCGGGUGACCCUGUUCCUUAAUGGCAGCCCCAAGAAUGGAAAGGUGGUUGCUGUCUAUGGGACUUUAUCCGAUUUGCUUUCUGUGGCCAGCAGUAAACUCGGCAUAAAAGCCACUAGUGUGUAUAAUGGGAAAGGUGGACUGAUUGAUGAUAUUGCUUUGAUCAGGGAUGAUGAUGUUUUGUUUGUGUGUGAAGGAGAACCGUUCAUCGACCCUCAGACAGAGUCUAAACCACCGGAAGGGCUGUCAGGACCCCACACGGACUGGCUCACACUAAACGUUGGAGGGCGGUACUUUACCACCACGCGGAGCACGUUAGUGAACAAAGAGCCCGACAGUAUGCUGGCCCACAUGUUUAAGGACAGAGGUGUCUGGGGAAAUAAGCAAGACCACAGAGGAGCUUUCUUAAUUGACCGAAGUCCUGAGUACUUUGAACCCAUUUUGAACUACUUGCGCCAUGGACAGCUCAUUGUAAAUGAUGGCAUUAAUUUACUAGGUGUGUUAGAAGAAGCCAGAUUUUUUGGUAUCGACUCAUUGAUUGAACAGCUAGAAGUGGCAAUAAAGAAUUCUCAACCACCAGAAGAUCAUUCACCCAUAUCUCGAAAGGAAUUUGUCCGAUUUCUGCUAGCUACUCCAACGAAAUCAGAAUUGCGGUGCCAGGGUUUAAACUUCAGUGGUGCUGAUCUUUCUCGUUUGGACCUUCGAUACAUUAACUUCAAAAUGGCCAAUUUAAGCCGCUGCAAUCUUGCGCAUGCUAAUCUCUGCUGUGCAAAUCUUGAACGAGCUGAUCUGUCCGGAUCAGUGCUUGACUGUGCAAAUCUCCAGGGAGUCAAGAUGCUCUGCUCUAACGCAGAAGGGGCCUCCCUGAAGCAGUGUAAUUUUGAAGAUCCUUCUGGUCUUAAAGCCAACUUGGAAGGUGCUAAUCUAAAAGGUGUAGAUAUGGAAGGAAGUCAGAUGACAGGAAUUAACCUGAGAGUCGCUACCUUAAAAAAUGCGAAGUUGAAGAACUGCAACCUCAGAGGAGCAACUCUGGCAGGAACAGAUUUGGAGAUUGCGAUUGGCCCAGUCGGCUUCCUCGUCAGCACUGUCUUCUCCACGUGGCCUUCCGGCCGACUCCUCGCUCUUGCUGUCCGGCAGGCGGCCCGCCCUCUGCAGAACUGCGACCUGUCUGGGUGUGACCUGCAGGAAGCCAACCUGCGAGGCUCCAACGUGAAGGGCGCUAUCUUUGAAGAGAUGCUGACACCACUGCACAUGUCACAGAGUGUCAGAUGAGAGUUUCAAGGCUGCAGGAAGAAGCUCAAGACGACAGAUGUUUUCCUUAAUCACUUUUAUUUCUCCACUCACUCGGCUGUCUAGAAGAAAUAACACUGUAAGGAAAUUAAAGAGAAAAACAUUUAGAGGAUUAUGCUUGUUCUCAGUGGUGCAUAGGGGGGAAAAAGUGACUUUUCCCUACAUUCUGACUUUACCAGAAAAGCAUUCAUUCAGUAGACAUAGGGAAGCUAGAUUAGACGCUGCCUUCCGAGUGGAGUAGGGGGGCUUGCCUGGCUUCGUGACCAGGAAUAGUACCUAUUAUAUUUGCUUUUAAAUAGGCAUGGUAUGGAAAUGUUGUACCAUCUUGGCUUGAAAUUUGAGGAUUUUAAUUUAUGAGAAGCACAACAUAUACCAUUAUAUUUAUUGAGCCUCUAGAGGCAUACGGAUCAGUACAUUGUGAAGCUCCGUGAACAUUUUCCAGAGGUUGUUCAUGUUAUGAGAAGCUGUGGCAAUGACUCCCCCGCCUUACCCAUCACACCGUGUGAGCACGGUGACAUCCGACGCCCCAAGGCUUGCACUUCAGGUUCCUUUUUUUAUGUUUUUUUUUAACAGAAUAGUAGCUAAAUUAAAGAAAUCCUCCAUUCUUGCUGACUCGAAAGAAAGAGUCCAGAGAACGACAUCACUGUACAUGAAGGUCCACGGAGGCUGCAGCGGGCCUCGAGGCAGAGCUUCUCAAUGAGCUUGCUUUGAGUUUCCUUCUAAGCAAGUCCCGCUCCACGCCAGGCCAGGCAGCUUGUUUAUUGACACGACCAGCCUCCUUUCCUCGAGUACAGUCAACACAAGAACAGGAAGAUACUGCAAAACCAAAAAACCAAGGUGCAUUACUAAUAAUUCAGUGGCCAAAUCGUGUAAACAGGACUAGCUUAGAAAUAGAUAGUAAGUCUCGAUCCACUGCAAUUGAAGCUGUAAAAUAGGAAUGGAUAUGGCAAAGUCAUCUCUCAGAAGGCACCACAAUGUAAUUGAAGCUAAAACCUGACAGGGUGGAACGAGGAAUUUUAAACUGGUAAUAGCCACCAAAAAAAGUAAAUAAAAACAAAAGCAUUUGGCUGGUCCAAAAUGUAAUACCGAUCCGUCAGCACCUGCAGUUCUUUUACAUACAUUCUCUGGUUUGGUUUGUGGUUUUAAUGUGUUUUAGUCUGGUUUUCUUGAGUCAUACUGUCUCUGCUGCAGCAGAGAUGGGGCCUGUCCUUCCCCACCACUUAACCGUGGCCUUUCCUCUCCCCCAAGAGCAGGAUAUAAGCUGUGUCCAAAUGGGUUCUGAAUUCUCCAGACCCAGCAGGGUGAGACGAUGAACCGUUGAAAACCACUCUGUCUCCUUUGGGAGGAUGGCAUGUCUUUAACAUCUGCGUAGCGUGUUCUUCUAUAUACAUACACAUAUGCAAAGCUUUCCUUCCAGCAAAGGUGCGUGUGCACGGGGGCAGGAGGCCGGACCUUUGCAGGCCAAGGAAAGCAACUUCAGAAAUGAAUUAUUUUCUUUGCUUUAUUAUUUUUAUCAAGACAGAGAAGUAUUGUAUGAAGAGAUAUCUAUUUUCAUAAUCAGUAUGUGCCUAAAUUAUAUUUAAAUCAUUUCACUCUGUACUAUAUUUUCAGUAAUUAUAGAACAUGUUGUUCAUCCACUGAAGGGUACCUCUGUAUACGUAACCUAAGAUCUACACGCGGUUUUCUUAGAAACCGCAGGGUUCGGGUCGAAUGUAUGCUGCAUUAAUAAACAAUGUGAAAUGUCA